GGCUUGACGAAUGUUGCGUCACUGCGUCUUUAAAGUCGAGCAGAUCCAGGCCACUAACAAGAUGGAGCAUUUCAGAGCCUAAACAGUGGACCAAAACCAGGACCUAAGACCCGGACUAAACCCGGGACCUAACCCAGAACCUAACCCAGACUAAACCCGGACUCAACCCGGGACCUAACCCUCAGUGGAACCUGGAAAGUCCCGGGACGGGGACCGGAUUAUUGUCCGAUUGUCGGGACAUCCAGACGGGCGUAAAGACGCGUCAGUAACCGGGUCUGCACUUCAAAAAUGGCCGACGCAGAGGUCUCCCUGUCCCCGGCUCUGAUACCCCUUGAUCUAAGCCCCUCCCACUCUGCCCUGCCCCCUCCACCAACCUCCUCUUCCUCACCCACCACAUUCUCCUGCCCUUCUUCCCCCUCAAGCGCCUCCUCUUCUUCCUCUUCUUCUUCCUCUUCUUCUUGUUCUGAGAGCUCCUCUGACUGCCCCCACCACCAUCAUCAUCAUCAUCAUCAUCACCACCCUCGCCCCCAACUGCCGCCGCCGCCCCAGAGCGAGCUGCCAUCCUCCCCAAGCGCCAGCCCCCGCAGCUCCAGUCCGAGUGGUAGCAUCGGCAGUACUGGCAGCCUCGGGAGCAGCAGCAGCGCCAGCGAGGGCAUCGGCAGUGGCAUUUCAAGCGGAGGCGACCCGAGAGGCCCCAGCCCCCCGCUGGACGUCAUCUCAGAGGACGCCAUGGAGAUGGACCUCGGGGCUGACCAAGUGAUCGACCCGGAAGUCGCUCUGAAGGCUUGUCAGGAAGUCCUUCUCAAGGUCAAGCUGCAGAACAGGGAAGCGCCUGAAGAGCAACAAUCGAACGACAAACAACCAGGCGAUCAGCCGCAACAACAGAACUGUGAGUGUUCCAGUCCACAGUGGCUGCUCAGCCCAGACACCAGCUCGAUCAAAGAGGAAGAAGAGGAGGAGGAGGAGACUGGGAAGGAUGCAGAAAAGCAAAGCUUGACUCGCUCAGAGUCGACUCUGCUUCCGACAGCAGCUUCAUCGUCUUCAUCUAAACAGUCAUGGCUGCUGCGCCUGUUUGAGUCCAAGCUGUUCGACGUCUCCAUGGCGAUCUCUUACCUCUACAAGUCAAAGGAGCCAGGUGUCCAGGCGUACAUCGGGAAUCGUCUCUUCAGCUUCCCUGACAACGAGGUGGACUUCUAUCUGCCACAGCUGCUCAACAUGUAUGUGCACAUGGACACUGAGGUGGGAGACGCCAUCAGACCUUACCUAAUCCAUCGCUGCACAGGAAGUAUAACUUUCUCCCUGCUCACCGCCUGGCUGUUGGGCGCUUACUCCAACGACAUGCACAUCUCCACGCAGCGUCUCCGAGGCACCAAACUCAGAAAACUCAUCCUGUCUGAUGACCUCAAACCUUCCUGAGGCUCCUCCUCUGUGUCAGACAGCCCCGUGUCCUCGCCGUCACACCGCCGCUGUCACCGGAGACACAACAGCAGCAACGUUGACCCAUCCCCGUCUUUCUCCACGACCGGCGCCGUCCCUGAGAGCCCAGAACCCGGGGGCGUGUUUGUGUCCCCAUCCAGGAGGACCCACCAGAGAUCCAAGUCAGACGCCACCACGGCGAGCAGCGGGCCGGGAUCAGGCCUCCGACGGACGGGGAGUAACCCGAAAGUGGAAUGUGUCCACGAGGAGCCCGACCGUCUGCGUCCUCAGCGUGAGUUCGUGAAGUCUCUCCUCGGCAUCGGGAAGCGUUUGGCGACUCUUCCCACCAAAGAGCAGAAAACUCAGCGUCUGAUCUCCGAGCUCUCGCUGCUCAACCACAAACUGCCCGCUCGAGUGUGGCUGCCCACCGCCGCCUUCGACCACCAUGUGGUUAGAAUCCCACACACACAGGCCGUGGUGCUGAACUCUAAGGACAAGGCCCCCUACAUCAUCUACGUGGAGGUGUUGGAGUGCGAGAGCUUCGAGACGUCAGCUGUUCCAGUUCGAAUCCCAGAGACGAGGAUCCGCUCGGCUCGCUCUGCAGAGAACCUCGACGUCAACAACACAAUGACCACAGAACAUCGAGCGGGAAGUUUCUCCACCGUCCAGAACUACGACAACGACGACGAGGCCUGGGCCACUGAUGACAUCGGACAGCUACAUGUGGAGGCUGAGGCUCAGACCAGCAGCAGUGACAACAUCAGUCAGUUUUCAGUUGACAGCAUCACAAGUCUGGAGAGUAAAGAGCCGACGUUCAUCGCCGCAGGAGACAUCAGACGGCGUCUGUCGGAGAACCUCGCUCACACUCCCACCUCGUUCAGGAGAGACCCAGAGGACCCGUCAGCCGUCGCCCUCAAAGAACCCUGGGAGGAGAAAGUCAGGCGGAUCAGAGAAGCGUCACCGUACGGUCACCUUCUGAACUGGAGGCUUCUCUCUGUUAUCGUGAAGUGUGGAGACGACCUAAGACAGGAGCUGCUGGCCUAUCAGGUCCUCCGACAGCUGCAGUCGAUCUGGCAGCAGGAGCGAGUUCCUCUGUGGAUCAAACCCUAUAAGAUCCUGGUGAUGUCAUCAGACAGCGGCAUGAUCGAACCCGUCCUCAAUGCCGUCUCUCUGCACCAGGUGCGUAAACAGAGUCAGCUGUCUCUGCUCGACUACUUCCUGCAGGAACACGGGAGUUUCACCACUGAGGCGUUCCUCACGGCACAGAGGAACUUUGUGCAGAGCUGCGCCGGGUACAGCCUCAUCUGCUACCUGCUUCAGGUCAAAGACAGACAUAACGGGAACAUCCUGCUGGACUCUGAAGGUCACAUCAUCCACAUCGACUUCGGCUUCAUCCUCUCCAGCUCGCCGCGGAACCUCGGCUUCGAGACGUCAGCCUUCAAACUGACCUCGGAGUUUGUAGACGUGAUGGGCGGUCUGGACGGCGACAUGUUUAUCUACUACAAGAUGUUGAUGCUUCAGGGUCUGAUCGCUGCCAGGAAACACAUGGAGAAGGUUCUGCAGAUCGUCGAGAUCAUGCAGCAAGGUUCACACCUCCCCUGUUUCCACGGCUCCAGCACCAUCCGGGGGCUGAAGGAGCGUUUCCACAUGUCUCUGACGGAGGAGCAGCUGCAGCUGCUGGUGGAGCAGCUGGUGGACGGAUCCAUGAGGUCACUGACCACCAAACUCUACGACUCCUUCCAGUACGUCACCAACGGCAUCAUGUGACUCCUCCUUCAGGACCAGCUCGUUAAAAUCACAUGAUCUGGGUUUAGUGCUGCGUUCAUGGGCUCCUGGGAAAGUACAGCAUUGCAUUAAGUUGCACAUGAUCGGACAUGAGGAGGAUUCAGACUUUCUUCUUCUUCUUUCUGAGAAUAAUUCUACGAUUAUUUCACUUCGACCAGCAAACACAGCGCCGCCUCGCUGCUCCGUGCUCGAGUGUUUCCUGUUUGUGUCUGAACGUUAAGAGUGUUUGAUGAAGGAUAAAAACGAUCUUUUGAUGUUAUUAAUGAAACUUAUUGAUGGUUUCAUUCAUUCAACUGGAGAACUAUGGAAGCCCGACAGAGACAUUUCCUGGUUUUAAAUUUGGAAUCUAAAACUCACACUUCCUGAAAGUUCCUGACAGGGAACAGGAAGUCUUUAAAGUUCACAAACAUGUAAAGAUUUAACAAUCUCAGUACGGCUAAUGCUAAGGAUGCUAAUGCUAACUAAAGUCUAGUGUUGAAUAAAAACAUGAGCGUGGACAAAGUUUCCCCGUGCAAACACGCCAUCUAUUAACCGUUUUCUGCACUUUGAGCCAAAAUGGCCACCGAGUUUGAUGGUGAAACCUCCAUGUUCCUUUGUAUCUCUACAUCUCUGUAAUAAUGUCUAACAUGUUUUCAUAUUUAACAAAUGCUCUCCUCUGAUUGGUCUGGAGAUGCAUUCCUGUCAAUAACUCUGACCAAUCAGAUGAGACAGCUCUGAGGAUUAAAGACAGCGACUGAACAUUAUUUUCCUUAUAAGGAUGUUUUAUUUUGUAAUCUGUUUCCUGAAUGUUUUAUUUUGUAAUCUGUUUCCUGACUGUUUUAUUUUGUAAUGGCACCUUUGAGACGUCGUGUCUUAGACCCGUCAGUCGCGGGUCACGUCCAGUUUGAUUUAAAUCAGCGCAGAGUAAAAACCUUGUUCACUCUUCAAUCAUCACUGGAACAAAGCCGGCUCUGGGUUUACAUCGGGAGGUUCUGGGUGUUUUUAAAGGAGAAGCACAGAUCUGUUCAUGCAUCAUGUUACCGCCUGCUAACCGUUAGCCUGCUGACCGUUAACCUGCUGACCGUUAGCCUGCUGACCGUUAGCCUGCUGACCGUUAGCCUGCUGACCGUUAACCUGCUGACCGUUAGCCUGCUGACCGUUAACCUGCUAACCGUUAGCCUGCUGACCGUUAGCCUGCUGACCGUUAACCUGCUGACCGUUAACCUGCUGACCGUUAGCCUGCUGACCGUUAGCCUGCUGACCGUUAGCCUGCUGACCGUUAACCUGCUGACCGUUAACCUGCUAACCGUUAACCUGCUAACCGUUAACCUGCUAACCGAUGUUCUGCUCCUCUUUGUAAAUGUACGAUGCCUUUUGACGUACGAACUCUCGAAGAGGUCGCCGACCUGAGAAGUGCUUUUAUUCCCAAAUGUUUUAUCGCUUUAGGGACGACUUUUCAUUCUGAAACCACUUCCUGUCCCCUCUGGCAUCCAGACAGGAAGUGUGUAUGUGGACAGGAAGUGGUCAGGUUGAAGUCGUCCCGGCUCGAUGCCUUCUUUUAUUCUGAAAAGUUUUCUGUUGAUACUAAACAUUAAACACUAAAUCAAUUCAA